AUGUCUACUAUCGGCGUGGAAGGGAUGAAGUCUUCUGAUCCCAAAGAUGUUUCCAUCAGCGUGGAAGGAUCAACUGCCGGAGACCUUGCUCUACCCUCAGAGAACGAAGAGAUCAUCUUCAUUGAUCCUGAAAGAGAGAAGGCCGCUCUUAGGAAGUUUGAUAUAUGGCUUGUCCCAGUGGCAUUUACGUUUCUUGUUUUGUCAUCUCUCGACCGGAGUAAUCUUGGAAACGCCCGUGUUUUCGGUUUCGACCAAGAUAUUGGACUACAUGGUGGCAUGUUUGGCAACAUCACCACGUUGCUCAGUGUCUCCUUCAUCAUUUUCGAAGUUCCCUGGGUUCUCGCCGUGAAACGCUUUGGAGCGAACAGAGCACUCGGAACCGCCCUCUUGCUCUGGAGUUGCGUCACGCUAGCGACAGCAUUCGUAAAGACAUACGGUCAAGCCAUUGCCGUCCGGAUGUUACUAGGUGCCUGUGAAGCCGGCGUGUCUCCUAGUUUCGCCUACUUGUUCGCGACCAUAUAUCCUCAGCGCCUUGCGGGCAAGCGUGUCAUGAUGACCAACCUUGCCAAUUGUACAUCCGGUGCAUUUGGUGGUCUCUUCGCUUAUGCAGUCCAGCAAAUGGGAGAGCGUAGAGGUAUUGCUGCCUGGCGAUGGCUUUUCAUUGUCGAAUUUUGCGUCACAUUCGUUGUGGGUGGUAUUGGGUGGUGCAUUCUGCCCCAUUCGCCGGAGACAGCUUGGUUCCUCAGUGAAGAGGAGAAGGAGACUAUGCGUCUCCGGAAGAAGCGCGAUGAGACAUUCCGUGGCAAGGAUAUCCUUGACAAGAAAUGGAUCAAGAUGUCACUGAAAGAUCCAUUUAUUUACGUCUGCGGCAUUGCCUUCUUUACAUCAUCCGUCGCUAUCACUGGAUUUGGAGUUUUCCUGCCUACUAUUAUCGCUGGUCUUGGAUUUGCCGCUUUGAAAGUCAAUUACAUGACAAUCCCAGUCUAUGUCGUGGGUGCGAUAUCUCUCGUCACCUGCUGCUACUUCUCGGACAAAUUCAACCGCCGAACACCAUUCCUUGUUGGAUGCUGCGUUCCGGUCAUCGUUGGCUAUCUGAUUUGCGUAGGAUCAUCCAACCCCCAUGCAGGAUACGCGGGAAUGUUUAUUUUGGUUUUGGGUGUUUACCCUAUCUCUACCUUGGUCGUUGCAUGGGUGGGAACAAACAUAUCGCCCGAUUCCAAACGUGCAUUUGCCCUGCCCUAUUUCUACUCUAUCGGAAACCUGUCGAUGCUUGUUUCGUCGCAACUAUACCCAACCCAAGAUGGUCCGCGAUACGUUAAGGGCAAUGCCACAUCCGCAGGCCUAGAAGUGAUUGCCGCAUGUCUUUACCUUGCCAGUUGGUUUAUUCUUCGACGCCGCAUUGCUCAAAAGAAGAAACUUAGGGAAGAGGGUGCUACUACUAAUGGUUUCGAUGAUGACAGAGGACUUUCCUUUGAAUAUGGAUUGUAA